AUGCCGUUUCUUGGCCGUGAAAAAGCCCGUGGCCCAAGACCGCGCAGAUCGGACGACGAGUUUGUCGUCUUCUUACAAGGUAUUCCGGCCCAUUGCCGCUGGCAAGAAUUAAAGGAUCUGGUGCGGCAGACGGCGCUGCAUAUCCGCCAGGCAGUGGUGUACGAUGAUAGCCAUGGCGUUCCCACAGGAUUAGGUCAGAUCAUCGUCAAGAACGAGGACGAGGCGUGGCGGACAUAUCACCGGUUAUCGACAAAUGGAUGGGAUGGUCAGAGCUUGGUCGUCACACUGGCACGCACCAGCGCACCCACCAAGCCCAUCGCAGGGCCGACAAGAAGCCCGUCGGCCAUGAUGUCCUCGGGCUAUGCGACGCCUCCACGAGGGCAGGGCAAUCUGACGAUGCCACCGUCGCCCAUAUCACCCGAAUCAGUGCAUCCAUCCAGCCCAACAACGUAUUCAUACCCAGAUUAUGGACCCAUGAUGAGUCCCAUGGGCAUGCCACCCCAGCAGUUCAUGCCUAUGAUGGCCGACCCUAUGGCACAUCCACUCCCCGGCUACCCACCAUCACCACUGAUGCACUGCACGAUGUUCGACCCACCAGCCUGGGCCAUGAUGCCCGCGUAUCCAAUGUCCCCGAUGCAUCCCCUACAUGAAACAGCAGCCGAGGACGGAACAGGAUACGAGAGAUACCCACGCAAACAGCACGAUCAUCAGUACAUCCCCAACUCGAGGGGAAUAUCAAUCCACAAUCUCAGCACCAGCGCCACAAAUGUCGACCUCAAGAACCUCCUCCAGGGCGCCGGCACGGUAGAGCAAUGCACCGUGACGGCGACAUCGGACGCCAAGACGAGCUACGGCUCGGCGACGAUGUUCAGCGCCGACGAGGCGCGCCGCGCUGUGUCGAUGUUUAAUAACAUGAGUUUCAUGGGUGCGCAGCUGCGUGUAAAAAUGGCGAGGACAUCGCAUGCUUCAUGGGGAGGAAGCUGGGAUGGGACAGUGCUGGGUGGUGGUUAUGGGUACUGGGAUGAGCUGGAAGGGCUGGAUUGGGCAGAGAUCGAGGAAAGUGGAGGCUUUGGAGCUGCUGCGACGAUUAAUAGGACUGUGGAUCCGUGCCAGCCACUUGUGGUCGAUGGAUCGGGACAAACGAUAUUCCUCAAAUUGCGAGACACGGCUUAG